AUGGAUGGCCCAUCAGAUCGUUGGGUUCUUUGUGUUUGCAUCCUCCUGCUGCUGCACAUCCGAAGCAUCGAUGCCAGCUUCGCCCCAUUGGCUGCAAGAAAAUGGCGGGCUUACCGGUUCGGGGAGUUCUUUGCUGGUGAGGCUAAUGUGACACGUUCUAUGAAGUUGUCGGGCUUUCCAUCUUUCAAGAUGGACCUUUCUUAUGGUGGCUUGCGAUAUAACGACAUGUGCACGGCCAGCGGCUUUGCGUAG